UUCUGAAAUGAAGUUGAAAACGUGCAUGCAUGUGAUGAACAUGCUAACGGGGAGCUUCACUGCUCGAUUCUCAUCCACCUCCGCCGCGGGGCAUUUCUCCGCACGAAAUCGUUCCUGGUUUCUCUUCCAACCUCCUGCCUGCGCGUUCCAGAAUAAGCUACGCAUAUGCAUGAUGCCGUUGAAGUACCACGUUUCGACGUUUAAUUUCCGAGCAAUGCAAACAGAAACAACACCAACCCCAUUGCUCUACAGCGAAGAUGGAAUCCAUAGGUCCCCAAGGCCUCCCAUUUUUCUGCCCAACCUUUCUAUGAUCUCAUUCCUUUUCAGAAAACUCCCAUCCAAUGCUCACUCUCCUGCACUUAUUCAGGCUGAAACUGGCCAAACCCUUACAUUUUCUGACCUAAAAACUCAAGUUUUCAACUUCUCCAAAACCCUUCUCGACUUCAACAUCUCCAAGAACGAUGUCGUCCUCAUCAUAUCCCCCAACUCCCUCCUCUUCCCCGUUGCUAUCUUCGCCGUGGUGGCCGUUGGGGCCAUUGCCACCACCGCCAAUCCCUUAUGCACCGCAGCUGAAAUCUCCAAACAGGUCAAAGACUCCAACCCUAAGCUCAUCAUCACAACCCCUCAACUCCAUGACAAGAUUAAACACUUGAAUCUUCCUUGCAUUAUGCUAGCUACUUCCAAGAUUCCAAUCUAUAGUUCUACGACUUCAAGCAAUUCAACGUGGUACUACAGCCAUUCCGACACGUUUUCUUCGGACAUAGCUUUGCCUCCGGUCAUGCAAACGGAUGUUGCCGCCAUCUUGUAUUCCUCCGGAACAACUGGAACUAGCAAGGGAGUAGUUUUAACACACAGAAACUUUAUUGCAUCAGCCCUGAUGAUGACAUCGGAUCAAGAAUCCUACGGUGAUUCCAGGAAUGUGUUCUUGUGCUUCCUACCUAUGUUUCAUAUCUUUGGCUUGUCGGCUUUGUUGUACGCUCAGCUGCAGAGAGGGAACACGGUGGUGGUAAUGGCACGGCAUGAGAUGAAGAAGAUGUUGAGUGCUGUUGAGAAGUACAAGGUUACACAUUUGUGGGUGGUGCCACCUGUGGUUGUGGAGCUGGCCAAACAUCAGGAGAUGGUGAAAGAAUACGACAUAUCGUCAGUAAGGGAGAUCUUAUCAGGGGCAGCACCACUGGGGAAGGAGACAGCGGAAGAGUGUGCCAGGAUUUUCCCAGAUGCUGUUGUAUAUCAGGGCUAUGGCAUGACCGAAACCGGAGGGCCUAUUUCGUUCGGAAAUGUAAGGACCGAUACACCUUAUUCGGGCUCGACAGGGGUGCUCGCUCCAGGAGUAGAGGCUCAAAUAGUGAAUUUAGGUACUAUGAAACCUCUUCCUCCUCUCAGAAGAGGGGAAAUAUGGGUUAGAGGGCUGAUGGUGAUGCAAGGCUAUUUCAACAACCAAAAGGCGACGAUGGAAACUAUAGAUGAGCAAGGCUGGCUGCAUACUGGAGACAUCGGAUAUUUUGACGAGAAGGGAAGACUCUAUGUUGUCGACCGCGUAAAAGAGCUUAUCAAAUGUAACGGCUAUCAGGUUGCACCAGCAGAGCUUGAAGAGCUGCUUCUUACUCAUCCUGAGAUAAAAGAUGCUGCAGUUAUAGGAUUGGCUGAUGCUGAAGUUGGUGAAGUCCCAAUAGCAUAUGUGGUCCGCUCAUCCACCACUUCGCUUGUCGAAGAAGAAGUGAAAACAUUUAUUGCAGAACAGGUUGCGGCAUACAAAAGGUUGAGGAGAGUGAUUUUUACUGACAGCAUUCCUAAGUCAGCAUCAGGAAAAAUUUUGAGAAAGGAACUCGCUCAAAGAUUUCUGUCAAAACUCUGAUCAAGAUUGUUAAAAACCUUAUACAAGUGUAUGUACAAAUGUUAGAAAAUUAGG